AUGAAAGAUGCAACGUUUGCACCAAAACUGUCCCGUGUCGACUACAUAAUCAUCGGAGGAGGAACCUCAGGGUGUGCACUAGCCGCAACGCUUUCGAAAAACGCCAGCGUUUUGGUGCUGGAACGCGGCGGCUCUCCAUACGACAACCCAACGGCCACGGACAUAGGAAACUUUGCCAACACAAUCUUAAACAACACACCCAACUCGUGGGCACAGCAUUUCAUCUCCGAGGACGGCGUUCACAACGUACGGCCACGCGUCCUCGGUGGAGGCUCGGUGCUAAACGCCGGGUUCUACUCACGUGCGAGCGAUGAGUACGUGGAGGAAGCUGAGUGGGAGAGGCAGGAAGUGGAAGAUGCUUACGAGUGGGUCGAGAGGAAACUUGCGUUCGAGCCACAAGUAAUGGGAUGGCAACGUGCCUUAAAAGAUGGGCUUUUGGAGGCUGAUGUGUUACCGAACAACGGUUUCACGUUCGAUCACAUAGUAGGGACGAAGAUUGGCGGUACUAUAUUUGACCGUGCCGGUCAUAGACACUCGGCGGCGAAUCUAUUAGAGUAUGCUAAUCGGAAUAAUAUUGUUGUAUACUUGCAUGCUUCUGUCCAUAAGAUCCUCUUCACCACCACAGCCACAGGUAGCCAGAGACCAAAGGCGUACGGAAUAACAUUUCAAGAUGCGAAUGGAAUGUUCCACAAGGUAGAACUAGCAGAUAACCCAAUGAAUGAAGUAAUCUUAUCAGCUGGAGCCAUGGGUAGCCCACAACAACUUAUGUUGAGCGGCGUGGGUCCUAAGGCUCAUCUCGUGGCUCACAGGGUCAAACCGCUAGUCUUAGAUCUUCCAAUGGUUGGGCAAGGAAUGUGUGACAAUCCCAUGAACCCCGUCUUUGUUCCUUCUCCUACACCUGUGGAAGUGUCACUCGUGCAAGCUGUUGGAAUCACAAAGUUUGAUAGUUACAUUGAAGGUAUAAGUACUUUGAAUGUUUCUAUUUAUCUAACCCGUAGGUUUUUCCAAGGUGUUUCGGAUCUUCUCAAAAAGACAAGUGGUACUACAUCAACAACAUUCACGACCCAAUCCAUCGAUAACCUUUUGAAAUCCAUGGAUCGUGGAAUCAACGUGAGGUUAAAUGCGGGUUUAAUUUUCCAAAAAGUCGCACGUCCGGCCUCAAGAGGUCACAUGGAGCUACGGAACACAAACCCUAACGAUAACCCUUACGUGACAUUCAACUAUUACCAAGAAACAGAGGAUUUGAACAAGUGUGUUGAAGGACUUGAAACCGUUAUUAAAGUGAUAAACUCAAAGGCCUUCAGCAAGUACAAGUUCCCAGGUGUGACCGCACGUGAGCUGUUUGGUUUCAUGGUGGGCCUUCCCACUAAUCUGAGACCAAGACAUGCAAUGUCGAGGUUUAGCUUAAAGCAGUUUUGCAUCGACACUGUGAUGACGAUUUGGCAUUACCAUGGAGGUUGUCAAGUUGGACGAGUGGUCGACAAGGACUACAAAGUCUUAGGUAUUGAUUCUUUGAGGGUUAUCGAUGGAUCCACGUUUCUUAAGUCUCCUGGAACUAAUCCUCAAGCUACCGUCAUGAUGCUUGGAAGGUACAUGGGAAAGAAGAUUCUUCAAGAAAGGGCAGAUUUUCAAGGAAAUUAG